GAUGUGGUCAUUUAUUAGAUCGUUAUUUCGUCCAAUUUUCAAUUUCUUUCAACGUUUAUGUCGAAGAAUUCUUAAAAUGUUUACUCGCAGACAAACAAUUGAGGACAUUAUUUUGAAAGAGACUACUCGUGCUUCCAGAAAUCGUCGAAUUGAAAAAAUGCUUAGAGAAUUCCCGAAUGAAUUAGUUCAGUCAAUGGCUUGGGACACUGGAGACGAAACCGAGGCUGCUGAAGCAAUACUGGAAGAGUCUGUUAUGGAAGAUGAGAAACGUCAUGACUUGUCUAAGACGUUGGCACGUUCAAUGCGCCAAAUUAAGGGAUACCAGAAGCUCAUUCAAGAAGUAGAGGAGCGACGACUUGAAAUCUAUUGCAGCAAAAUUGAGGAACACGAGAAGGAAUUGUUGCGUUUAUGGGCUUUGUUGAAACCAGAUGAGCCAUUGACUGAUCGUAUCUCCAACCAAUGGCAAGAUAUUGGCUUUCAAGGGGAUGACCCGGCUACUGACUUUCGCGGAAUGGGAAUGCUUGGUUUAGACCAAUUGGUGUUUUUUGCUCAAUUUGAUGUGGAAAACUGCCGUCGUGUUCUUUCUCUUUCAUUGCAUCCCGUUUAUGGCUUUCCAUUCGCCAUCUGUGGUAUAACAAUCACAGCACUUUGUAAAGAAUUACUUUUUGAUGAUGCGCUUAAAAACCAUUUUUACAAUGUUUUGGAGCAACCUCCACUCAAAAUGGAUCAUUUCCAUCAAGUUUAUUGCUGUGUUUUUAGACUUUUUGGAGAUUAUUGGGAUUAUGAAAAGCCAGAAUCGGUGAUGCAAUUUAAUUUGGUUAAGAGACGCUUUGUUAAAUUAAUGGAGAAAUAUUUGAAUAAUUAUGAAGCUAAUUUAAUUGUUGCGAAAAUUGAGGACUUUAAUUUGGAAGAAGACAGUUAA